AUGUUCCGCUGGAUUGACGAAUUUUCCAAGAGGAUGCGAGGUCUUUUCUUGGAGGCCCGAGUUUUACAAGAGCUGCCCGAUGUUGAGGACGAGAUGCAGACAUGUGCUGUGCUCGCAGCUCGAAACGCGAUGUCCUGCCCAACUCUUCAUGUCGAUGGCAAGGUCUAUAGCUUGUGGCCUCGUCGGGUGGCCAGUGGCAGUCUUGCAAAGAAAGAGGUGGAGGAAGCCAUGGAGGGAGCCCAAGCUGCCACGCAAGCCUUCUUGGACCGACUGAUCUCGGAGAUUCCUCAGAACGAUCCCCGCAUGCAGUUGCGAGUGUUCGACCUGCAGCAGUGGCAACGAGGCGAUGAAGCGAGCAGAAUGGCUUUGGUCCGAUUCGUGCGUUUGUGGUUGCAGGAGUUGGGCUUCGAUCGUGUUCGACGGGACCGAGGUGCUCAACAAUACCAAGAUGCUGUGUCGCGGCCCCAGCUUUUGCCACUGUAA